GUCACCAUCCAUCUUUACCUAAAGAUGCCAAGACACUCCUCCAUACUAACAGAAAUUACAUAAUCAACCAAGUUGCAGGAGGUGCAUACUAUUACUUUGGGAUUGUCAGUUCUCUCACUCGUUUCCUGAACAAUAUUUGGGUAAAAAUUCCUGAUCGUCACACAGUCAGUCUACAACUAAAUUUUGAUGGGCUUCCAUUGUUCAAGAGUUCAGGUUUCCAGUUAUGGCCAGUUCUGGGGUUAGUGCAGGGAUUUUCUGUAAAACAAAAGCCUUGUUUGAUUGCCUUGUUUGGUGGCAAAUCAAAGCCACAUCCUGUGGGAGAUUACUUAAAAGAUCUUGUGGCAGAGCUAAAAAUCUUAGCAUCUGGCUUUACAUUUAAAGGGAAAAUAUUGUUCAUAAAAGUAACAUCAAUAAUAUGUGAUGCUCCUGCCCGAGCUUACAUUAAAGCCAUAAAAUCUCAUACUGGGUAUGCAGGCUGUGAUAAAUGUACAUCAUAUGGGCUUCGUCUAGGUAGCCGGAUGACUUUUCCUGACAGCCGAAGCCCUGCCAGAACAGAUGAAAGUUUCAGACUUCAGGUGGAUGAGGAACAUCACAGAGACAUUUCCCCACUUAUUGAGACUGGCAUUGGAAUGGUUUCUAUGUUUCCCCAUGAUUAUAUGCAUCUUGUUUGCCUUGGGGUCACAAGGAAGCUCCUAGAACUAUGGGCAGGCAGUACUGGUCCACUUAGGUGCCGUUUGCCUUUCAAGAAAGUAAAUCAGCUGUCAGAAACACUGAGGUCUUUCAAAAGUCACAUGCCCACUGAAUUUGCCAGGAAGCCCAGAUCUGUUGAAGAGAGACACAGAUGGAAGGCAACUGAAUAUAGACAGUUUUUGUUGUAUACUGGGCCAGUUGCGCUAUUUGACAUUCUUAGCUCACCAGUUUACAACAACUUUAUGUUGCUUUAUGUUGCAAUAUCAAUACUGGCAUGUCCAAAGCUCUGUGUGAUAUUUUGUGACUUUGCAAAGACCUUGCUUGUGUCUUUUGUGGAACACUUUGGACAGCUUUAUGGCAAGGACAAUUUAGUGUACAAUGUGCAUGGCCUUAUACAUCUCAGUGAUGAUGUAAAAAAGCAUGGCCAGUGGUUGGACAACAUCUCGGGGUUUCCAUAUGAAAACUACCUUGGUGAAAUAAAGAAAAUGAUCCGCAGCCCCCAGUAUCCAGUUGCACAAGUUGUGAGACGAAUAUCAGAGCUUGAAAAUGUAGUUUGUAGAUCAGACACACAAAAUGAAACCAAACUCAGAAAACCACAUUGUGAUGGUCCACUGCCAUUGCACAUCACAUGGCCAGUAAUGCAGUACAAAGAAGUUAGUCUUCCACACUUUUGUGUCAAGGUAUUCACAGGUGACAACUGCAUAUGUCAUGAUGGCGUAGUAGGUGUAGUCCAAAAUAUCAUUGAGUUUGGCGGAGAUCCAUAUUUGGUUUAUAAUGAGUUUACAAGUUGUGCAAGCUUUUUUGACUACCCAAUAAAUUCAGGUCAGUUGGGUGUGUUCCAACUCACUGACUUGUCCCAGGAACUAAAGUGUAUCAAGAUGAAUGAUGCAGUGACAAAGUAUGUACUCCUCCCAUUCAGGAACAAAUUUGUGGGCAUGCCAUUUCUCCAUUUGUCAUAACAAAUGAACUGGGGUUGUGUUGCAAGGUGAGCAACUGUUUACUGGGGCUGAGAAUCAUUUCUUAUACCUAUAUACCUUUUGAAAAUGUACUAAGAUUUAGUGUGUCUAUUCAGAUUUUUUACAUACUUCCUUAUGUUUUUUUUGUUUGCACAUUUGUAUUUUUCUUUUCUGUAUAUAACAUAACCUCAGUUUAUCAGGGCAAUAGAAUGUUGGAGUGUAUUUUCAAAAAUAAUCUGUUGCAGCAGUCCUAAAUGUAUGUAUAUGUGUAACGUAUAUAUGUAUUUGUGUUUUUUUUUAAUUGAAUUUUAUGGCUUAAUGUUUUAAAUGAUUUUGCAUGCAAUUCAUAUUAUUCCUUUCAAAGAUGAUGUACCACAUUGUUGAUUUUGUGGACACGGGAGACACAGAAGUUGUUCCAGCCUCAUGGGUUCAUAAUGGAAGAAGCUUCUGGCCUCCCUAUAAAGCAAGGGAGCAAUGCAACCGGGCCAUAGCGAGAGCAGACCCUCCCAAGGAAUUCUGGGAAAAGUAUAACAUCCGCAUAAGGGCAACUAAAGAUACAUUUAGUGAGGCGCGACUUCUGCUCCCAAAGGCCCUGCUUACGUCAGAUCUUCAAACCGAAGAUGAAGAGGAUCAACGUCCAGCAUACAAGAGGCGGAAGAGAAGAGGCAUGAACAGAAUCUUUGAGUCAGAGAGUGACCAAGAUGACAAUGACGGCAGCAAUGAGGC